GGAAACUUUCACAACUAUGUAUGUUCGGUGAAUGGAACCUCUCCGGAUCCCAGGUACAAGAGAUUUAUAAAUUUUUCAAAAAAAUUGAGAAAUUGCGGAAUUCAAGUCACAAUGGCUCAAAUGUUCAUGUUUCAGAAAGACGAAAAUUCAUUUUUGGAUUAUAACAAAGAGAGGUCUCCAUAUUUCAAAUUCAGUGAAAUUUGCAUUACUGACUGGGAGAAAUUUUGGAAGAAAUUGCUGCAAUUCUCAUGCUCAUUGGCUGGUUAUUCUUCAUCCCAUCUGGCUUUUUAUUCGCACGAUUUGGCAAGAAAAGUUUUGAAAAUCUAA